AUGGGUGUAGUCCCCAAAGACACACCAUUCGUGUGUAAUCAGAGCUGUAAAUCAGUGUGCCCUUUAGAUAUUGCUAAUUGUAAGGAAGACAGGUAUGUUGUAUUUAAAUUUGAUUCAUUAGUCAAAUAGUUAUUUGUUUCCAAAAUAACUAGUUUUGUUAGUGAAAAUUUUUAUUGUACCUUUUUGACUGUGUAAUUUUUGGUUGUCGACCAGUUAUACAUGUAAGCUGAAAUAAUUUGUGGAUUUACAACAAAGUUAUUAUAAUUAUGAGGCCUAAAGGCCCCAGUAAACGAUCAUUUUCGAAAAUUAAUUUACCGCAAAGGUCUAAAUUUAUUAGUGGGCCACUCAAACCAGACCUUUAUAUGUUUUCAAGUCUUAAGAACUAUCUGCCGCAGACUAGACUAGCAGUAUGGUAUUUCAUUUUCCUUUUUUUUUUUUUCAUUUUAGUAAUAACUUCAGUUUACUGGUAACUUUACUUUUGAUUAUUAUUAGGAAAAAAACCUAAAAAAGCUGAUUGUCAAUGUCAACAAACAAAAGGAUGCACUAAAGAAGAAUGGAAUCACAGUGGAUGGAGUGCAUUAUGCUGUGAGAUUUAAAGGUAAGUUUCACAUAAUAAUUAAUAAGGUAUUUUUUAGUACCAUAAUUUUCAAUCCAAAUGCCUUCAUGUACAUUGACCACUCUUUUCAAAAAUUUAUAUCUACAGUUAUACUUGACCUGAAGGCCCUCUAUUUUUUGCUGGAACAAAUAGGGAAAGCGAACCUUAAGCUUGGGAAACGAGGAACUGAAGUAGAUUGUUGCUUUAUCUGCAAAGUAUUGAGGGUAUGUGGAUAUGUUCAAAAUCUCCGAGUCAACAAAUUCUACUAUGCAGGUUUUGACCUUACCAAUGACCAACUUACUAAUAUAUUACUAUUAGAUUUUCAGUUGUGCUGGGUAAAAUUUCUUAGAAAAAACUAGCUAUGAAUAAUGGCUAUUUUUAUGGGAUGUUGCGAUCUUGGUCCACAUACAGUUUGUUUGAAACACUUUAG